AUGACACGUCCGCUUGGCUGGGCAAGGAGGAUAUCAAGGAGCUCUCCAAGCGAGGCUGCGCCGUACUCUUCUUCAAGGAGAAGCACUGCUCCUGCCCGAAGCUACGAUGGCGACGGGACCAUCUACUCCAGCAGGGACUGGCGCCUUGUCAAGGACCCAAAGAUGACGCCCGAGAGUUUUCACUACACUGCCUGGUCGACGCACGUCGACCUCCGCACCGCUGGGGAGCUCCGGCAUAGGCACGUUUCCCUUCUGCAGGGCUUGCUCUCGGAGGGCAGCCGCGCCGUGCUGGAACGCCAUCCGACGCUGAGGGAUGAGCGUGACCUGGCCAUGUUCCUGCACUUCCCCCCGAACAUCUUCCGGCUGCACGUGCACUUCGUCCCGGCCAACAGGAGCAUGUGGGCUCCGACAGACGAGGUGGUGCCGCUCGAGCCGCUGAUGCAGUCGCUCCAGUCCAUGACGGCCGGCGACAAUCGCGCAAGCCCCCUCGUGAAGAACUUUCCGAGAGUGGCUGGCUCGCAUAUCUUAAGCUGCGAGAAAUGGACCUGA